AUGGAGAUUUCUAGCUUCAACUGCUUAGCUGAUUUGGGAAUGGGAGAUCCUUUUCUCAUGCAGCAGCAGCAAUGGCCUCAUAAUGUGGACUCGAUCGAUGGCCUCAGCUCCAUCACCACCACCACCACAGCUUCGACAUUCUCCGACGAUUACAAUUUCGGUAACUAUCAAUCUUACAAUGAUUAUCAUAUCGACGAUAAUUAUCAACCCGUGCUCGACUUCAAAAGGCCAUCGCCCGAGCCAUCGUCUCUAGUAGUGGACGAGUGCGGUAAUACUAGGCCGUCAAAACAGCUAAAAAACGUGAGAAAACACGAUUCAAUUAAUUUGGUCAACUACUCAGGGCUCGUGAAGCCGAAAGAGGAAAUGUGGUAUGGUUGGUCGGGUAUGGCCCUGAACUUCUCGUCUCCGGAGUCGGUUAUCUCGACCGGGAACCGGAAUUGCGUGCUGAAAUCGUGCCAAGGGGCGAAGAGGGUAAUUAGCACGGGAAAUAACGCGCAAGAUCAUAUUAUGGCUGAGAGGAGAAGAAGGGAGAAACUUAGCCAGAGGUUUAUUACACUCUCAACUCUUGUUCCUGGAUUGAAAAAGAUGGACAAGGCCACUGUUCUUGGUGAUGCAAUAAACCACAUAAAAGAGCUCCAAGAAAAAGUGAAGGCCCUUGAGGAGAAAACCCGAAAGAAGAGAGUGGAGUACUCGAUGGUUUUCGUGAGUAAUAAUCCGUCCUCGGACGAGCAGAGCAUCUCGAGCAGGAUGCCCGAGUCGUCGUCUCUCCCGGAGAUCGAGGCCCGGUUUUGCGACCGGGAAAUCCUCGUGAGCAUCCACUGCCAGAAGAGGAAAAGGGUUGUUGAGAAAACAGUGGCUGAGAUUGAGAAGCUCCAUUUGACAGUUGUCAAUAGCAGCAUCAUCAGCUUUGGAGAUUCAGCUCUCAAUAUUACAGUUGUUGCACAGAAGGAUGAAGAGUUUGGUAUGAGCACGAAGGAGUUCGUGAAGAAUUUACGGGCCGCGCUCACGAUGUUCAUGUGA